UAUACUAACUCUAAGUAUGCUUUUGGUGUUGUUCAUGAUUUUGGACAAAUCUGGAAACAAAGAGGGUUCCUCACUUCAUCAGGGACCCAAAUCAGUCAUGGUUGUUAUGUAAAAGCGCUCUUAGAAGCUGUUCAAUUGCCUCUUGCUAUUGCUAUUGUCAAAUGUAAAGCUCAUGAAAAACCCUUUGAUGAUGUCACACGAGGAAAUGAUCUGGCAAACCGUUCUGCCAGAAAUGCGGCCCUUUCUGGCCCACAGGCUCCUAACUCUGUUUUUGUUUGUUUUUCAGCAAACCAGUCUCCUUUGGCUAGCCUUUCAAGUCUGGCCCUUCUUCAAAAUCAGGCCCCAAAAACGGAAAUAAAUGACUGGCUGCGUGCAGGAUGUUCACUGCACCCUGACUCUCUCUGGCGCUCCCCGGAUGGCCGCCUGGUGGCGCCUAAAGAGCUUUUGCCACAUCUUGCUCGUUUAACCCACUCUGUGGCCCAUACGAGCAAAGGUUGAAUGAUUGCUACAGGACAAAGAAAUUGGUUUGCCCCAAAUUUUCCUUCCAUGGCACAACAGUACUGUAGCUCCUGUCCCAUCUGCUUAGCUCACAACAUUGGGCAACGGGUAAAAACAACACCCGCAGCCCAUCCCCCUCCAUGGGGACCGUUUGUAAAUCUGCAAAUUGAUUUUGUGCAGCUACCUAAGUGCUGUUCUUAUGAAUACAUUCUUGUUAUUAUUGAUGUGUUCUCUGGAUGGGUGGAAGCCUACCCAUGCAUACGUGCUGAUUCCAUCACUGUAGCAAAGAAAUUGCUCAAAGAAUUCAUCCCUAAAUUUGGAUUGCCUCUCACAAUAGAUAGUAACCGUGGCACCCAUUUCACAGGACAGAUAGUAAAAAACAUCUGCCAAGCACUCAACAUACAGCAACACCUACACUGUAGUUAUCAUCCACAGUCAAGUGGUGCUGUAGAACGUAAAAACUCUGAUUUAAAAACGCGCAUUUCAAAGAUUUGUGCUGAAACAGGCCUCAAAUGGCCUGAUGCACUGCCCAUUGCUCUUAUGCUCAUUAGAAACACUGUUAACAGAAAACAUGGCCUAACCCCUUAUAAAAUACUCAUGGCACGACCCAUAAGGAUGCCAGCUACACCAACUGUUGCCCCUCACCAAACAGACCUACAAUUAACUGAUGAAACUGUACUAAAUUAUUGCAAGGCAUUAAUAAAGUAUGCCAGGUCUGUUCAUUCACAGGUCCAAGAAGCCUUACCUCAACCACCGGAUGUUCCCUGUCACAACCUCGAACCAGGGGAUUGGAUCUACGUAAAGGUCACCAAACGUGAACUCACGCCUCGCACUGCAAGAAGGUAUCACCUCCAUUGGACCCCGAAGCAGCUGUAUUCCAACCAAGGUUGGGAUCUUUCCCUGAGGCCAAGGACAAAGACCCUCAGGACCUCACUCAGGCAAGUGAGGAGCAUCAGGGUGCAAGUGCUAGUAACCUCUCCCCUGCACCCAACACCUCAGCCCAGCCGGAUUCAUCAGUUGAAGAACGAAGAUAUCAUCUUCGGCCUCGAAAAAAGUGAAUGCUCCCAUUCGGAAGAUCACCACCUCGAUCAAGACCAAGAGCCAACAUUAUCAGUCCUUUACGUAACUUGAGCCCAGAGGACGAAGAAAAACUUUGGCUGCCAUCCUGGGUUUGGCUGGUAGUGUUCUUUUUCUUACUGGUGCUGGUUAUGUUUGUUGUUAAGAUUCUUUGUCCCUCCUGUAUCUAAAAAUGGCACUGAUAUCCUUAUAUAUCACACUUGGGUAUCUCAGUAUCACCCAAGGGGGGUGGAAGAAAAAUUUGUAUUUGCAGAUCUCCCAUGCGGUGGCUCAAGCUGGAAAUAAAAGUAACUGCUGGAUAUGCUCUCACAGCCCAGCACACCUACACCAAGGAAUCCCAAUGAUUGGAGUACCAAUAUCCCUCCAGCAAUGGGGAACAAUAAACGGCGGCUUCGUUAAACACUGCUCGUUAGCUGCCCAUCGGUCCGCUCCUAAAGAAUGGAGGGCCGCCCCUGCUAACUGGAUAAUCUCCCCAAAAGUAAAGGCGCCUUUCUGUUACAGAUCCAACAACACCGGAGCUUAUAAUAAAGCCACACCUGUAGAACACUACCCUCAUUGCCUAACUACUCUAGAUUAUAGCCCUAGUAGCACCAGUGGAAUCCUGUUGGGUAACGUACCCUCUCUCAAUUGUACAGGAUUCAUGGUCUACAACUUUUCUAAGGAACCUCAUGUUGCUCUCAUUGCAAACAGAUCAGAAUUUUACAUUCACUCCAAUUUUACUUCUUGUAAUAUAUCUCGGUCCAGCAGAAUAACAGCUGAACGUGGACCGUCCUAUACGAUGCAUAUCAAUCGAAAGUGCCGGAUAGGGCACAACAACUGUCGAGAUUUGAGUACCCUUUCUGCCCCAGGCCUUUACUGGCUCUGCGGAAACAGGGCUCAUAAAAUCUUGCCCUGGAAUUGGGUGGGGGCAUGCACUCUUGGACGUGUUAUCCCUGGUUUCGAAAUGCAUAGUGCAAUAUAUCUGGAACAAGUAAAAAAUUUCAACCAUCACAUGAAAAGGGUGGUUAACCCCUUAGCUACCAGAAACACAGGGUUCCAUCGAUUUGUGAGAACCUUCAUACCGUGGCUUGGAGUAAGAGAAUUGGAACUAGCCAUAAUUAACAUUUCAGCCACAAUGGAAGCUAUGGGAAAUGCCACUGCGGAUGCAAUUCAGGCUCUGCAAAAAGAGAUCUCCCAGAUCUCACAAGUAACUAUACAACACCGCAUAGCCCUAGAUUACCUAUUGGUAUCCCAGGGAGGAGUAUGUGCCUUAGUAAACUCCACCUGUUGUGUCUAUGUCAAUCAGGACAUGCGAAUCGAAACUGACAUUCGCAAAAUCCGAAAUCAGUUAAGGGUCCUACAUCAAGUGGCCUCAGAAAAUACUGACUGGGGUCUAGAAGAAAUGUGGUCUUGGCUAACCUCCUGGCUCCCAGAUUUCGGGGCCCUUGACAAGAAAAUCCUGUAUGGAAUAUUGUUUGUCUUGAUAGUUCUGAUAAUGUUCUAUGUCUUAAUGCAACUGAUCCUCUGCUGCGUAAAAGCCAGCAGGGGAAGCUUUAGCAAGGCAAGAAAACCCACAGCAGAGUCUAGAAUAAUGGUGUUACAAAAGUGUGAGCAGAUUGAAAGAAAACAUGAAAGGCUGCAUGAUGAAAUAGAGGGGCUCAUGAGAAUGGAAAUUUAAGGCUAAAGUGAGACUAAAUAGUCUCAAAGGGGGGGGCUGUGGAAUCAGAAAAAAUAUAUGCCUUAAACUUUGAUUAUUUUAGUUAUAAGAUGACAUAACCGCUUUGUGUAGAAUUGCUGGCUCGGUACAGUAGAACAGAUAAGGGCAAGUGUUUGUUCUUUGUAACUCUUCUGCAAAUGCUUCGCUCACCGCGGCCUUGAAGGUAGAAAAAAAAAAGUAUGUACAAAGUAGAUUUCCAGGUGCAAGAAGGAGGUUUGUGAACUAACCCUAUCUCCCCCAUAAUUCCCAUCCUGAUAACAGCAAAGAAAUAAUGAAGUAAUAUUAUAGCCGCUUUUCAUGCUAAUUUCACUAUAUGAUCACGUGAGUUGUAAGCAACUGUUAAAAAGUAUAUAAGCCUCCUGAUUUUGCUCUUGGGGGGGGACCCCUUCCAAGUGCUUGGGAAAUCCAUGUCACUUUGGAACUCCCCCUACAGAUGUAGUUUCUUUUGAAUAAAAGCUUCUGCUGACCUGACCCAAAAGUACUCUGUGUGUG